CUGCGCAUGCGCAUAACUAUAUUAAAUAUGGUGGAACACACUCCCGGAAAUAGCACAGAAAACUAAACUAAAAGCAAUAGAUUAUAGUUUAGUUUAUUUUUCUGUUCAUUAUUAAUUUGCUAUUCUAGAGUCAUUUAAAAUUUUCACCUUUUGAAAUGGCAUCAAAUGAAGAAGAGGUUGUGAUGACCCCAUCAAAGAAAGGUAAAGUCACACACAUCAAAAUAGAAAGAAAAAAAAAGAUGAAUGUGAAUCCAGAGGAUGUAGUUCAUGUUGCUGGUGGUCAGCAUCAAGGUCUUGUUAUAAACAGGCCAGAUGCUCAAGAUGAAGAUUUAGGCAAACCACAAUUGCAACUUGGAUUUUUAUGUUUUCUGGUAGAUUUGAAAACUGAGGAACACUAUGUUGAAAGUAGGAAGUUAAAGUUUUGGUAUAAAGAAGGAUGUGACUAUUAUAAUCAAGUAACUACAGCUUAUGAAUUUUUCAAAGAAUUAGUUAGACCAGAAAAUUUUCCUAGAGAUUAUGUUGGAUUUAUAAAAAAAUGUAUGAAACAAAUGCAAAGUCCACGGUACCUGUUAGCUCGCAAAGUAGAUCUAGAAGUUGAGCAUCUGGAUGCUGCGGAUGCACCCAUGAGCCCAGACUGCCUCAUUCCUUUGGAUCAAUUUGGAAUAGAAAAUAUGAAUGGAGAGGGCAGCAGUGUUAAAAUGUUUGAGGGUCUAGGUUUCAACAAACGGGAUGACAGGCCUAUAGAAGAGAUCAUCAGAGAGAAAUUGUUAACACUUCUGGAAUCAGCUUAUCCUAAUGUGUUAUCUGUGGAGGAUCUAGUUAGGAUUACUGGAGCGGAUGCUGCCAUGGUUCAGCUUCAGUUACAAGAAUUGCUUGAUAGGCAACUUAUUUCCUCAAUGGAGAAUGGAGGUUUUGUCCGCAAGGUGUUGGAUGACAAGACAGAGGUCCAGAUGAUCAAAAACAUGCCAGUCAUUGCUUCCAAUUUGCAGCCGACUAUUGCUAUAAUUACCUACCAGUAUUGUGAGAAGAUGGCUGUUGACGCCAUGAUGGAGAACAAGACAACCUAUGUCCGCUACAAGACAGAAGGUGAGUCCAAUGUCUACACAACUGGUUUUAUUGGAGAACACAAAGUAGUCACCACUAAGUUGUCUGCACUUGGUAAUUUUAGAGCAGCUCAGAUCUCUUCAGGAAAUACAACCACAAGAUUGUUGGGUACUUUCCAGGCUAUAGAACAUGUGUUCCUGGUUGGUUGUGCUGGAAGUGUCCCACAUUUCACUGACUUCUACAAGCAUGGACGCCUGGGGGAUGUGGUCAUCUCAGCCAGUGACCAGAGUGACAAGGGAUACAUCUAUUAUUACUGUGACAAGAUCACCCAGGAUAAGCAAGGGGAGACUCAGUACCAGUUAAAGACCUGGGCACCUCGUGACCUUGAGCUACAGAAACUUGUUGAGAAAGUAAAGGAGAAAUUGCAGGUGGACCCAAGCUUUGUCCCUUGGGAACAAUACAUUGCCGAAGGGCAGGAUCUGUUGGCAUCCCAAGAGCAGGACUACACACGGCCGCCCAGGUCAAGUGACAGACUUUAUAUGGGCAUUGGAGAAGGACAGGUGAUUGAAGUUCAACAUCCGGAAAAUCCAACGGGUAUUCCAACAGAUACAGAGAGACCAGUCAUCAGAUUUGGAGUGUUUGGGGCAGGUCGACCGGUCAAGCAAGAGAUGUUAAGACAUGACUUUGCAUCCAGAUAUGGUAUCCAAGCCUUUGAUGCAGAGUUUGAUCAGGUCAUGGAAAGUAUCACAGGUAAUCGCAAGGACAGUUUCAUGAUUGUCCGUGGCCUUGCCGACUACAUUGAUGGCACAAAGAAUAAAGAGUGGCAGCCUUACGCUGCACUGGCAGCAGCUGCUGUGACCAAAGCUCUGAUCAUGUCACUGCAUAAUCCCCAGUUGGAUGACUAUUGAUGCAGUUACUUAAGACAAUAGUAAAGUAAAGACUAGGAUACAUAAAUAAAUAAACUAAGUAAUAAUAUUCUUUUUGGUAUCUGAAUGGAAUUUUUAUCUUGUGCUUGGAGCAAUGAAGCAAUCUGCUGAUAAAUAUGUUUGUUAUAUAAGUGUAAACCUUUUAACAUUUAUGGAAUGUUAGUAAGUAUGUGAUUAUUCUAUUCAAAUUUGUUUUAUUCUGUGUAAAAAAAACAACUGAGUUGAAGUGUUGAUAAUAAACAACUAUGUGAUCUUUUGUUUCGCGCCUAUCUAUCCCUAAUGAAAACUAGAAUGUUUUUCAAACUUUUCAAUCUUCUAGUCUGGUUGGUUGAAUGGUCAAUUUUUAUGUUAUAUUGACACUUAUAGUGAUUGAAACUCUGGGCUAGAAAAUUUUGUUUGCAAUCCAUUGCCUUUGCAAGAUAAGCAUAAUAAUGAAACUUAAUUAUUUAGCAUAUAUGAAUAUCAUGUUCUGAGCUAAUUCUGAUGAAUGCUGAAUCUUGAGAUUCAAGAUGAUGCAAUUUUUAAAAGCUAGCAGAAAUAUUUCAAUAAUAAUCUUUCAAAGAAGAAAUAGAGGUAAACACAUUUUUUUUCUCUCUAAGACAAGCUUAAAUAAGGGGUUCAAUAAAUGUUUUGUGAUGGGUUUAUUUGGCUUUGAAUCAUGGCAUUUUAGAAAUGCUAAUAUAGAAGCACUGAUCUGAAGUUUUACUUGCUGGCGUUUUUUUUGUUGUCAUGUCUGAAGAAUAUUAUUGUUGCGUCGUGCCAAACAACUAAGAAGCAACCAACUUGAUAUACAUAAUGUGUUGGGGAUGACAAUAUUGAACAGUUGCCUUGUGCUUUAAAAUUGGUGUCUGCACUAUGUGUGUGUGUUUGUUUUAUAGGUCUGUUAACCAAUAAUGUUUCAAUAAAUGCAUGUAACUAGACAGCUCAAAGAAGUCUAGUCAGUUGGUGCAUGUUACAAGUAAUUGUUAGCAGAGAUAUAGCUUCUGUUUUCUUGUUUAAUUUGAUUGGUUCAAAUGUACAUACAAGUUUUGAAUGUUACGUUAUACAAUUUAAAAAUUAAAUGUGUAUAUAGUUGGGAUGUUUCAAAACUAACAAUCUUAUGUGUGAAUUCUAAAUGUCUGUUUAAAGGACAUAAUCAAUUUGUUUCUCAUAUUGUACAAUUUAAAAGAAUGAACUAUUAAUAGGUAUUAACUUAAUGGCUUGGAGUAAGCACUGAUAUGGUCUCUCUUUUUGUUCUGGGUAGAUCUUUUUUUUUUUAGUACAUAAGGCAUGUAGAGAAUUUUUUUUUAAUAUAACUACUUUUAAGUUUAAGACAGCAUUAGAAAUAGCGAAAACAAAAAAUUCACAAUAGUAAGUUGUCUUUGGGAUAGGUAAAGGCUCUAUUUGUUCUUAUGAAAACAUAGAUGAAAAUUAAAAUUUUGAUGCAACUGCAGCAGUUGAAGCCAUUGACUACUGGUGGGCCACUACGAUUUCUUAUUUAGUCAAUGAUAUGUAUGGUAAGCCGGUGUUAUCUGUACAGUUGUUACUUUGAUGAAAUGAGGGUUAUCUAUAAAGCUAUUCCCUUGAAGGAGUGGGGUUAUCAGUACUGCUUUCUUCCCUUGAUGAAGUGGAGGUACUUGCACAACUAUCCCUUUCAAGGAGCAUUGGAGCAGGCAACAAAUAUUUUUACCUGCUUAAAAUGUAGAGAGAGAAAAAAUAUAGUCAGCAGCACCAUCAUUGAUUAUAGUAACAGAUAAGAGCUGAUGUUUUUUUAUAAAUACAAUUCUUUUCUUGUAAGAAAUAUUCUGUAAAUAAUUUUAUCUAAACAUGGUUCAUAGCAUAAAUAAUCGAACUCUAGAAUAGAAAUGGCUUUUCAUUUUGCUUAAAAAAUAUGAAUAGCUUCACGAUACCCAACUUAAAAUCAUUAUUUUUGUUUUUCUUUCAUUGAGCUUGUUCAUAAUAUAUUGCUCCAUUCUAUAUUUCCAUUAUCUGAUUGACUGAUUCUGUAGCAAGAGUUUUUUAAUUAAAAAAUAAUAAUUUUCUCUUAUCUUCCAAGAUGUCAAGUUGUUCUAUUGGUACAUAUUUAUAGACCUAGGAUUUUGAUUAAAACAAUAGGUGAUUGUACUAUGUUUGAGUUGAUAUCUAUUUUUAUUUAUAUAUAAAUAGUUUUGUUUUCUAGUAAUUGUCAUGAUGUUAUAGAUAGUAAUAUUAUAUUCUAUUGUUGCUAAACUACAGAGCUCUUUUGGCAUUUUGUUUGGUCUAAUGCAACAAGAUGUUACAUUAGGUUUAAAUAACGCAACAAUAUUUUAGCUUCUGGUCUGCAUGCUUGACCAACUUUGUAGAGUAUUUAUUUAAAAAGUUAGAUUAAAACAAAAACUUAGUUUUCCAUUUCUAUCUAGGCAAGGACACCAAAACAACUUUUGUAUCGGAUGGGUCAAGUUUAAGUAAAUAUUUUUAGUUUCUUGUUGGAUUUUUCUUUUUAGGACCAAAAUUCCUUCACAACAGAAAAAAAUUUGCUGAGCAGUGUGGGCAAUUCAGAUCAUUUGUGGUCAGAUUUGCUGUUGUUAUAGGUGUCAUUUCGGGUUGAUAAAAUGCUGGAAAGUUUUCAGUCCAUUCUUGCCAACUUUUCAUUAAAUGAAAACAUUUUUUCAUAGUCUUCUUAUUUAAAUGUUUAAUUUAGGAUUUGUCAAUACAAUCAAUAAAGACAGUGACAAACAUACAGUAUUUUAACAUCAUAUGUCAUUCUGCAUUAGCAUUUAGGUGACGUUUUAAAUGUUUAGAUUAUCAUAUUUUCUCAGUAUACAACUAUUAAUGAAAAUUCCUAUAAUCAUUGACCUAUACCCAAUCAGAUUGUAGUAGGUAAUGUUAUAGAGUUAUAAUGUUACAAAAUCAAUCAAACAUGUUUAUAGCAAAUGAAUACUGGCAUGUAUGUGUUUGUGUGUGUUUUAAAUCAUCUGUGUAACUGCUGAGCUGUUUAAACUGGUUAUAUUGAUGCUUAGUUUUUCCCAAUGUAAUAACAUUAUGUUUUCCAGAAUCAUGUGAUGUUUUUACAUACUUAAAUAUACAAAUUAUUAAUUGAAAAGACAAUUCCACUACCUACAUAAAGCUGUGACCAAUUGUUGAUUUCAUUGUAAAUUUUGAAGUCUUUAUGCAUUCAAAAUGUUUUACUUUAUUUUAAGCGGGUGUAAACAAUUCUACUUGUAUACUUUGUUGGUAUUUAUAACUGUUGCAUUCCAAACAAAUCUGAAAUUAUUUUUGGGCAAAGUUUGGAGAAAAAAAAAGGGGAGGUGGCAUUUUUUCAAAAUGCUGAGCUCGACAUUUAGACUUUUAGUCACACACAUCUUUACCAUUUUAUUUUAUUAUUUUUUUCUUAAGCUUUUAUGUUAUAGUGCUAAGUGUAUUAAUAGGUUUCAGUUGCUUAUGUGUCAAUAGCUGCAUAAUUUCAACAGGGUGUGUAUGUACAGUUAGUAUAUAGUUAGACUUAUAGAAAUAAUGUCAUCUUGGCUUUGUAUGCUUGAUUCUUGUUGUUCACUCAAUGUCUCAUUAUGCCAUAAUAUUAUUACAUCCAUAUAAGUGUUCUAUUAAUUUCAUUGUAAAACUUUCAUAGUUAGGCACUAUUUAUGUACCGUACAUUAGAUUUUCUCAUAAGCCCCUUUUUUUAAAACUUUCAAUGAAGAGCAUUUACACAUCAUAUUCUUUUAAGAUUGUUUUGGGGCUUUAUUUUUUUAUUUGUGCUGUAGCUUAUACAAUGAACAUGCAAUAACUUGGAUCUUUACGAGAUAAAAAUAAUAGCAUAAGAUGUAUUAAUUUGACUUUUUUUCUAUACGCCUAGAGCAUUGUUGUUAUAACUAUCAUAUUGAGUUAUGCCAUUUUCUUCUCACAGGGUUGAUUUAAUUUUCAUUAUAAAUCUCUAUUGUCUUGAGCUCUUCAUAAGUAUAGUUCGUCCAUUGUGGUUUAAUGAUGACCAUUUUUAUCAUCCAGGGGGCUGAGGGCUCUGCACAGGAGUUCUGUGCCUCUUCAUGUGGCUGGUGAGCCAGAAAUGUUUGCACACUGGGAAAGUUAUUCCAACUGGAGCUAGUGUCAUUGACCUUUGCUAUUAGUUUCUCUGACGCUUUUCUUUUGCCAGCGCUGUUCUCUUGUCCUCUGCAAUAUAUGCAUCAGUUUUCACAGCGCGACUCCACAAUGCUCUAUCAUGUGCUUCCGUCUCCCUGGUGGCAGGGUCACUGCUGAAGGUUUUCAAAGAAGCUUUGAAGGUAUCCCUGAAGCUUUUUCUUCGUCCAUGUUUUGAGCACUUCCUUUUGUUUAAUUUACCAUAAAUAAGUUUUCAAUAGUAUUUUUUAAAAAGAAGUUUUUAACCCUUAAAACGCGUUUUAGUUUAGCCUCUAAACAUCAGAAUUGUAAUUCCAUUUUGUAUGCACUCAUUCACAAACAGCUCAGCAUUUUAAGGGUUAACUAAAAUGUACAUUAUAAACAGAAAAAAAAAUAAUUUGUAAAGCAAAUUAAAUUAUUAACAAGGUAUUGUUGUUGAUUCUGAAGAUUAAGGAUGAGUGUUGUAUUUCACAUGACCACACAAACCCAGUUGCAUAUAUUGCCACAUUCAUGAAGAGCUCUUGUCUAUUCAAUUUUUUUUCUUUUGAUUGUCUGAAGCGUUAAAAUUAGAACAUGUAGUAUUUCACUUGGUUGUUAGUUUUUAUAUUUAAUGUUCAAUGUAGUAGUACAUUCAGCUUUACUUUUAUGUUUUGGGCAAGGUAGAUUUAGGCACUUUGAAAUAACUAGGUUUGAUGUAGGCAAACAAAAAAGUGUGAAGUUUAUCCAGUGUCUACUUUAACGAAAUGAGACAAAAAAUAUUUCCAAAUGUUUCUUUCUAGUAUCUUGUAUGUUUUGAAAGCAAGUUUUUUUUUGUUCUGUGUCCUUUGUGAGGUGAUGUAUGUUUAGUUAAAAGAUAAAAUGUUAAGGAACACACUCGUAACAGAGUUGUAUAUGUUCUUGUUGUUCACCUCAUAUCUUUCAUAUGUUUCUGAAACUGUUUUGUUGUUAUCCAUAAGUUUCAUUGUCACUAUUUUUAUCAUUUGCUCAGAACAGAAUUAAAAGUACUACAACUAUUUAAACACA